AUGCCUGUAGAAAACGAAUUUCCUCGUGAACUCCCAAACCACUCGCUGAUCAGCUCCAAGAGCCAGAUGACGCUGCAGUCAAUAUGGCUUUUUCGGUACCCAGUAUCCUCUAUUGUCUGUGUCCAAUUCCCCACUGACUUCCCCAAGCCCGUUCUUGCCCUCAGUGCCCGCAUUGCUAUUGACUUAGGUCUGUUCACACACAUCGUUCAAAAGUGCCCCAUUACAUCUCGGUCACUCGCUGCAAUUACUGGUGCCGAGGAGCUCUUGAUAACACGUAUCUUGAGGCUCCUCUCAACAGCCCACUUCGCUGAAGAAACCUCCACGGGAACCUGGGCACCAACACCCAUCACAAAGACCAUGGCCAAAGAGGAAAUUGCGGCUGGGUAUCGAUUUAUAUGUCAUAUGGUUGUUCCUGCCCUCCAAAGCGCCCCGGGCUACUUCCAGCAUCACGGCUAUUCUUGUCCGACUGAUGCAAAAGAUGGACUCGUACAACACGCCCUGCAAACUAAAAAGACCAGCUUUGAGUAUAUCAUGUCUGAUCCCCACCUACUCAAAGACUUCAACCUCUUCAUGGGAAAUGGGAUGGGCGCGCGAAAAUCGUGGCUGGAUUGGUACCCUGUGCAAAGCAAUAUUCUGGAUGGCGCGGACGCAGAUCCAGACAAGGCCUUGAUUGUCGAUGUUGGCGGAGGUAAGGGCCAUGAUCUGAUCGCCUUUCAUAAAAGAUACCCGAAUGCUGGACGUCUGGUUUUGGAGGACUUGCCAGCGGCAUUCGAUGACCUUGGACAAUAUAGUAUGGUGAUUGAAAAAGUUCCGCACGAUUUCCUUGCUGAAGCCCAACCGGUCAAAGGUGCAAAGGCAUACCUAUGUCACCACAUCCUGCACGAUUGGCCCGACAACUACUGCGUGCGGAUCCUGGAGGGAAUCUCCUCAGCAAUGACACCCGGGUACUCGAAACUCCUCCUACACGAGGGCAUUGUGCCGGAAAAGGGAGUGUGCCAGUUCCAGGCAAUGUCGGAUAUUGCAACGAUGGCGUGCAACGGGGGAAUGGAACGUACAAGGGAACAAUGGCGUACGCUACUUCAUAUGGCAGGCCUCCAGCUAAUCAGGUUCUGGAAUUCACCUGAUGAAGGGGGUGAUGGGAUUAUUGAGGCUGCGAAAGUUUGA